GGUGAGUUCCUCCUCGCCUCAGUCCAGUCCUGCACAAGCUUCCAUUCAGCUCCCAGGAUCGUUCAUACAGUGAUUGCGUCUCUCGUACUACUUCGCUCUUCCAUCGGUUCUUCUCGUCCUGUCUUCGUAUAUUUAUAUAUUUGCUUUUCCGUUGAAAAACGUCGCUUGGGGGAACGACUCGAAGAUUCUUGAGGUGUGAGAGCAACAGACUGAUUCGGACGCGUACGUAAUUUGCUGUCCUCCAAGCCUGAAAAAUCUGUCGGCGAGCCGCAUCUGAGAGUCAAAUCGGCAGGAAAUCAUUGCUAAUAACGAGGAUGAAGCUUCACGCGAGUGCAUUUAUCGGCCUGGCGAUCGUGGCGAGCAUGCAGCACAGUUUCGUCGAUGCCUGGGGUGGGCUCUUCAAUCGUUUCACUCCGGAAAUGCUCUCGAAUCUUGGAUAUGGAGGUCACGGAGGCAGUUACGUCAACCGGCAGUCGUAUCUUCAGCGACCAUUGACGGGUAAUUACGCAAAUUCAUACGGCGACUCGGCCGAAGCUGCACUGUCGGACGACCCUUGCUACUUGAAGAAAUGUACGGCCAAUGAACACUGCUGUCCGGGUUCGGUGUGUGUCGACGUCGACGGAGAAAUUGGCUCCUGUUUAUUCGCAUUCGGACUGAAGCAGGGGGAACUUUGCAGACGGGAUAAUGACUGCGAGACUGGACUCAUGUGCUCCGAUGUCGCAGGCGGUGAAACGAGGUCCUGCCAACCACCGGUCACGUCGAACAAACAAUACAGCGAGGAGUGCAACAUGUCAGGGGAGUGUGACAUAAGCCGUGGUUUGUGCUGUCAGUUGCAGCGGCGCCAUAGGCAGUCGACGCGAAAGGUUUGUUCGUACUUCAAAGACCCGUUAGUGUGCAUCGGUCCGGUCGCGACGGAUCAGAUAAAGUCCGUAGUGCAGUACACUUCCGGUGAGAAGCGGAUCACCGGUCAGGGCAAUCGUAUAUUAUUUAAGCGAGGCCUCUUCGUCUAGACGAGCAGAAUUAUUAAAAACUAAUGAAUUCCCCGAGCCUCUUCCCAAGAGUCCCUUUCCCCGAUCCCCGAUUCCCGAAGCAGAGAGAGAGAGAGAGUUUUAAGGGGGAAAAAAACACAAAUCAAACUCAAUUUAACUGUCGUGAAAGUAAUUAAGCUCUUAAGAUUUCUCGGCGUAGAUCGUCGUUUCCGAAUCUCUUUACUUUCCGAUUACUUUCGAUUGAAUCGGUGUCGUAAGAGCGCCGACGACCGUCCCGUACGGAUUUUUAUUUCGAGCGCGCCUUCCGGCUCCGGAGGCUCGAGCAGCAAUUUCGAAAAGAUAAAAAUGGAGUUUUCAACGAAAGAAGGCUCGUCGACGCUUGGGUUUCUCGGUCGAGUGAAAAGCUUCCGAUUUCCUCGCUGAAUCAUUGCGACUGAAUAAUACAAAACAUAUCAGAGAGUAGCGCAGUUUACUCUUCAACUAAGAUACAUAUACUACGAUAACGCAAAGUUUACAAUUACGAAAUUUACGCUCGUUAUUAAUCCUUUCGAUGGUUACGAUCCUCCCGAAAUUCCAACACUACAGCCCCAGUCAUAGUGGUUCCCAAAGUGACAAAAGCCCUCAGCACCCAUUCGACAUCCCCCCGAAACCAAAUUGCAAUCUAAACGUCCCGAAAUACGCAAAAAAAAAAUACCAAACACCGUUCAAAUCCAAAGUCACGAAAACCAGCAGUAAAAAACAAAAUAUUCAAAAACAGUUUUUUCCAAACUCCCUCGAACCAGAACACCGAAUUCCGAACACGAAGUAGAAAGAAUGAGAGAAAAACAAACGAUAAACAAUUAUACAAACGAAUGAGAUAAAUAUAACCAUUCGACAAAACAUAUAUCACACGCGAAUGCCUAAAAGCAUUGGAGGGAGAGCUUCAAACUAUCAAUGUUAUUGCGAGAAUAUUCUAUUGAAAUUAUAUUUUUAUCUUCGACUCAAUAUGUAUACACUCACGAGCUCUAUAUAUUUCCAUAGUAUUCAUUCCAGAUAUAAGUGUAUACUUCCAUGGGUAGUUGCAUUACUACGCCAUAUAUAUGUAUACAAAUAUUAUAUAUAUAUACAUUAUAGAGUUUAAUUAUAUACACAUGAAAAUUCCAUAUACAAAUGUAUUUACGAUUAUUAUUUUGGUUGUUAUUAUUAUGGGGAUUAUUGUAGUUAUAAUUGGAUUAGGUGUAGUACAGACGACCCUAGAAUUCGAGGAGUUGUUCGAUGCUGCACGAAGCACCGAGUCGAAGUAAUUUCAAUGUGAAAUUCAUCUUGAGAUUUGUUCGAGGCUUUCUCUCGAUGCGAGCCCUCUCUUCGAUUUUUUAAAUUUAUUUAUCGAGGGUUUCGUCGUCGAGAAAAUGUGGGAUUUAAAGAGAAAUACAUUGGCUUGUGAAUCGAGAGUUUUAUGGUUAUUGUGAGAAACGUUGGAAAUUACGUGGAAAUUGGAUUCGUUUGAUGGGGGUUCAGAUAGGUGGGUUGAUUUGAAAUUUAGACUUUGGGUAAUAAGCGUGUAGUUUUUAUGGGAAUUUAUGGAAAAUUUGAUACUCGAGGGUGAUGUUAUUUGUUUGGGAAUUUUAUUCGGGGAGGGGGUAACGAAAUUGGGUUUUAUUGGAUCGAAUGUUAUGAGAAAUCGAAGAGGAGGUCGUUCGGUGUGGAAAUACUCGUGCACAAAUUUCUUAUCCGCCCUUUGGCCUAUGUAUCACGGGCGUUUACGAUUUGACCUUCGCACGACCUUGAACGGCUAUCGGUCUCCAUCGCUCUGAAAGCACCCUUUUACCCCCGUUGCAUAGGUCAAGGUCAUACCCUAUUUCCUGCCCCCACCCCUACGAGCGUAGUGCCUCUCUUCCGCGUCUUCGGUUUCGAUUUUAUUGUCUUUCGUUUGUUUUUUUUUGAACGUCCACUGGGACAGAGGAAAUCUGAAAAUGUUGAUAUUCGAUCGCCUGCUCGACUCUGAGAUGCGAAUCUCUGCGCAGCAGCUGGAGAUCUCAAGGUCGAAGCAAACAGCAGGAUAAUUAAUUUGUCGAGUUAACCUUUCCUACUGCUGGCUUCAACACUGAGCUAGCAACGCGCUGCUUCAUCGAUUUUUUCAAAAAAGUUACCCGGGAAUGAUAAAACUUUUUAUAUUUUUGCUUCGUGUGAUUUUUAAGAAUUUUUGUAUGACGAUAGAUUUGCAUUAUUGCUAAGUCCGUUGCGAUGAAAUAUUUGGAUUGGUCUCGAAACGAACGAUGGAGUGGUGGGUUCUCUACGAUUCAACACACAAAGAAAACAUAUCAAGUUAGAAAGUAAGAACUAUUAAUUCUUAAGGUAGUAAAAAUUGGAGAGCCCUGUAAGGUUUCAACGUUAAUUGCACAGAAAAACGAACGAUUAUUUUAUUUUGUUCGUACGAUGUAAUGAACCAUUUAUUUUCUACUUCAAAUAUUUUAUUUUACAGAAAAAUCUUUAUAUUUACACUAAUGCAUGAAAAUUCGGAGUAAAUAUCUUGUCAUUCGACGUACGAAGGAACACUGUGCUAUGCGAAUACCCAUGUGGAAAGCAAAACAACAACAUAAAUGUAUCGAACGUAAAGCAAAAACAGCGUGUUUUAGUGAUCCAGACAUUUUGGCCUCUAGGCUCCGAGUCGAAAGUACCUCUUACCAAGUAAUUUACAUAUAUAUAUGAAAAACAAAAUAUAUAUAUAUAUACACAAACAUAUCAAUCCACUCGAGGAAAUUAUUAUGUGUACGACUUAUAUGUGUAUAAUUGUUCACGAUUGUAAAAUGUCAACAAAAGAAAAUUGAAAAAAAACAAGCAAGAUUAAUAGUUGAACGUGAAAUACAUUACUGUGCAAAAAAUGA